UAAUUGUGUUGUCUUUGUGUAAAGGAGUGGAGCUCGAUCUCACAUCACUCUUCCCUCUUCCCCGAAUCCUUUCUAAACUCUCCCCCGGGUUCCUACCCUCCCGAACCUCUCCCCUUCUACCCUUACAACCCCACCCUCCCCCCGAUCACGUCGAAACGCAGGCAUCAGAUCCAUCUCCGUGUCCAAAGAACCCCGAUUCUAUUAUAAAAGGAGCAACAACGACCGGCAAGCUGGCUGACUUGGACUCCGGUGUGAUUGAAGGAGGACUUAAUGUCACUCUUACAAUCCGGCUGCUCAUGCAUGGCAAGGAAGUUGGAAGCAUCAUCGGCAAGAAAGGUGAAUCUGUGAAGAAGAUGAGAGAAGAGAGUGGGGCUCGCAUCAACAUCUCUGAGGGCAAUUGUCCGGAGAGGAUCAUCACUUUGGCCGGUCCAACCACCGCCAUCUUCAAAGCAUUCUCCAUGAUCAUCGAAAAGCUGGAAGAGGAUAUAAGCAGUUCCAUGACCAACAGCACGGCAACCAGUAAGCCACCAGUGACUCUGCGUAUUGUGGUGCCUGCUAGUCAGUGCGGCUCCCUCAUUGGAAAAGGUGGCUGCAAGAUCAAGGAAAUUCGAGAGUCAACAGGAGCUCAGGUACAAGUGGCAGGAGACAUGCUUCCUAACUCUACGGAGCGGGCCAUCACUAUCGCCGGCACCACCCAGUCCAUUAUAGAGUGUGUCAAGCAGAUCUGCGUCAUUAUGCUUGAGUCUCCCCCUAAGGGAGUCACCAUCCCGUACAGACCCAAGCCUUCAGGAUCCCCUGUCAUCUUCUCCGGUGGACAGGCGUAUGCUGUACAAGGACAGCAUGCGAUUCCACAGCCAGAUUCUUCCUCUGCUGCUAUAUCCCCACAGCUCACCAAGUUACACCAGCUGGCCAUGCAGCAGAGCCCCUUCCCCAUCGCCCCCAGCAACCAGGGAUUCACCGGCAUGGAUGCUUCUGCCCAAACAAGUUCCCACGAGAUGACCAUUCCAAAUGAUCUGAUCGGAUGCAUCAUUGGCCGCCAGGGCUCCAAGAUCAAUGAGAUCCGGCAGAUGUCGGGCGCUCAGAUCAAGAUUGCCAAUCCGGUUGACGGCUCGUCCGACCGCCAGGUGACCAUCACGGGCUCUCCCGCCAGCAUCAGCCUGGCCGAGUACCUCAUCAACGCCAGGCUCUCCUCCGAGGCCACAGGACUGGCAGCCAAUUGAAGACACUGCAUCUGCACUAGCUCCACGUGUAUAGAAACGUAUACACGCACACAUACACCGAUGGCUACCAGUCAAUGCAAAUAUCCAACUUAUAAACUUAUGUAUUACCCUGCCUCUCCCUUGGUUUGAAACACGUCAUCUGCCAUUCAUUUGAUCUGGUGUGUUUAUUUAUUUUUGUUUUUUUUAGUCGAAAGAAAAUAUUUGGUUUUUAAAUUCGCAUUUUGGAGUCCAUUUUGGAGGUUUUAAGGAUUUAGUUUAUUUUUGUUUUCUUCCCCCUUAUUUUCUUCUGUUCCCCUCCCUCCUUUCUGUCUUUGCCACCAUAAGAGUAGAGUUGGGCAACUCUGAAUAGGCAUAAGAGUUAAGUGCUGUACAGCAAGAAUUGUUCUUUUUGUUUUUUUUCCCUUAUAAAAGGAAAUGACCAAAAAAUGGAAAAAUAAAAAAGUAUCAAAAAUAAGAAUAGUGGCUUUUAAUAUUUCUUUAUCCCUUUAUUUAUUUUUAUUUUUUACUUCAGUCUUUUACAAUGGCCUAACCUUUUGAACUGUUUCUGAAAUGUCUUAACACACACUUGGAUUAAGAGACAUUUUACAGUCCCCAAACCACCACCAUGUCACAUUUGUCACCCUAGAGGAGUAUGUAGCUUGCACGGUCACAGACAAACAUUGGGUUAGAAGUAUUGAUCGCAACACUUUGGGAUUACAAUCCUGCAGAUUUUCAUUCAUGUCGUACUGUGCAUGUCGCUUCUAUCAUUUAUUUUUAUUUUCCUCGUUCUGUCAUUCCUGUUUGUCCCACCUUGUGUCGUCGGCCCAGUGGCCCCUGUAUGUUCAUUCGUUGCCGGGACGGGGUGGGGUUGGUGUGGGCCAGGGUUUGUCUACGCUGGACGAGAAAAGCAGAGUGGUCUUUGCCUCUUUUUGUAGAGACUGAUAUAUAAAUAUAUAUAUAUACGACAAAAAAAAAAGUUGGAAUAUUUGUUUUAAAAAUGGAGGAAAUAUUUUUUUUAACUACCAAAGUGGAUUAAUAACUCCUGAAGCAACGGUUGCUCUACGAAUGCGAGGCUGCUCUGAAGUGGGUCACUGAGCUCUGGAAGUAGACGGGUGUUGCGGGGGCGGUUUGACGCUGGGUUCCUGCUCUUUGCUUUGCUCGAGUCAAGAUUUUUAUUUUCAUUAUUUGCAGGAAAGAAACACCUUCUGUGCACGUUUUUGAGACUGUAGACCUGGGUGCCCCAACAAUGUUUAAAAAAAGAAGAUGGCAGAAAUAAAAAAUGGAAAUGCUGUGAGAUUUUUUUUUGUUAGUUGCUGAUGAAAUAAAUUCAAAACGUUCACACAGUCUGCGUUUUGAGUG